CAUGUAAGGAAAUUCAAAAAAACCUACACUGACACACUUUCACACCUUUCUUCGCCUUGGCUACCGUUUCCUCUCUUUCGUAUCCAUAUUAAUGUCAAAACCGUAGAGCUUUCUGAUUCCCAAAACUAAAAAUACCCCAAACCAAUGGCGACGGUCUCUCUCCACUUCUUCUCUCCUUCUUCUCCCGCUUUCGCUUCCCUCCUCUGCUUCCUUCUUCUCUCCGGCGUGUCUUUCGCGGCGGAUCCUUUCGUCUCCUACGACUUCAAACUCUCUUACAUCACAGCUUCCCCUCUCGGCGUCCCUCAGCAGGUGAUAGCGGUCAAUGGGCAGUUUCCAGGACCUCUGCUUAAUGCGACGACCAACUACAAUGUUGUUGUUAGAGUCUUCAAUAAUUUGGAUGAGUCUCUUCUCUUGACUUGGUCUGGCAUCCAAAUGCGGCGUAACUCGUGGCAAGACGGUGUUCUCGGCACAAACUGCCCUAUCCCUCCGAGAUGGAACUUUACUUACCAGUUUCAAGUCAAGGACCAAAUCGGAAGCUUCUUCUACUCUCCCUCCCUCAACUUUCAGAGAGCGUCUGGUGGUUUUGGUCCCAUUGUGGUUAAUAACAGGAACAUUAUUCCCAUCCCUUUCCCACAGCCUGAUGGAGAGAUCAUCUUCAUGAUUGGUGAUUGGUACACUCAGGACCAUAAAGCACUAAGGAAGAUACUUGACUCUGGGAAAGAACUUGGGAUGCCUGAUGGAGUCCUCAUCAAUGGGAAGGGUCCUUACAAGUAUAACAGUAGUGUACCUGAUGGUAUUGAGUACUUGACCGCUCAUGUUGAACCAGGGAAGACAUACAGGAUCCGUGUUCACAACGUUGGGAUCUCGACAAGCCUCAACUUCAGGAUUCAGAACCACAACUUGCUUCUGGUGGAAACAGACGGUCACUACACCUCGCAGACGAACUUCACCGACUUCGAUAUUCACGUAGGACAGUCGUAUUCGUUCUUGGUGACAAUGGACCAAAACGCCACGAGUGACUACUACAUUGUCGCCAGCGCUAGGUUCGUGAACGAAACCGUGUGGCAGAGAGUCACUGGCGUCGGCAUUCUCCAUUACUCCAACUCCAACGGACCUGCUUCUGGUCCUUUGCCAGUUCCAAAAACAGAUGUCUCUGCUCCCUGGUCGGCUAUGACCCAGCCAAGGGCCAUUAGGCAAAACACAUCAGCUAGUGGAGCUCGUCCGAACCCUCAGGGAUCGUUUCACUACGGUCAAAUAAACAUCACCAACACAUACAUCUUGAGAAGCUUGCCUCCGACAAUGAUCAACGGGUCGCUUCGUGCUACGCUCAACGGGAUUUCGUUUGUGCAUCCAAUCACUCCUGUGAGGCUUGCGGAUAGAUAUAAAGUGAAAGGAGCUUAUAAGCUGGACUUUCCUGACAGGCCUUUUGAUAGCAGACCUCCUCGUUUGGAUAUAUCUAUGAUCAACGCAACGUACAAGGGGUUUAUACAAGUUGUUUUCCAGAACAAUGACACUAAGAUGCAGAGCUUCCAUGUUGAUGGCUAUACGUUUUUCGUUGUUGGGAUGGACUUUGGUGUUUGGUCUGAAGACAAGAAGGGUUCUUAUAACAAUUAUGAUGCCAUAUCAAGAAGCACGAUAGAGGUUUACCCUGGGGGGUGGACGGCUGGACUUAUUUCACUUGAUAACGUCGGAGUUUGGAACAUCAGAGUGGAGAAUCUUGACAGAUGGUAUCUUGGUGAAGAAACAUACAUGAGGAUCAUAAACCCUGAGGAGAAUGGCCAGACAGAGAUGGAUCCCCCUGGCAAUGUCCUUUACUGUGGUGCCCUUAGGAACAUGCAGAAGGAUCAACACCAUUCAGCUGCAACAUCUACAUUAAAUGGACACUUGAAGCUAAUGUUUAGCAUGCUAUUGGCAUUGUUGGCCGUGGUUUUCACCUUUUGAUGAGCCUUUUUACAUCUUUGAGUGAAGUUAUCCGGUCUGUGUUACUAGCUCGGCUGUAGAUCGUAGUAGAUGGAUGUUAAACAUUGGGUUAUUUUAGUGAUUUUCAUAUUUAAUUAAUUCUCAUAUUCCGUAGA